AAGUCAUGCCAAUAGGAGGAAAUUGGUGUUGGAUGGGGAUUUUCAUUGCUUUCUUUUGAGGUUUUGAGGCCUGCAGUUAGAACGUUAAGGACAAUAAAUAUAGGUUUAGGUGGAGCUAUAGGCAAAGAUGGACUGAAGAUGUUACCCACUCUUUGUCCCGAGCUCGAGACUUUGAUACUUCAUUUCCAGGUAAUAUCUAACUCUGUCAUACUAAAUAUUGCAAAGUCUUUCGAAAACUUGCAAGUUUUGGCUCUUUGCUAUUGCAUUGGUGAGAUUUCAUCUUCAAGCUUUAAAUUCAGCAUGCCAAAUUUGAGAAAAUUGAAACUGGAAAGAGUUACUCCUAGGAUGACCAAUGAAGAUCUGCUCAUUCUCACUGAGAAUUGUAUAAAUUUGAUUGAACUUGCCUUGGUGGGUUGCUCACUUCUUAAUUCAGAGUCCCAAAAUAUUAUUUCACUUGGUUGGCCUGGAUUUAGAGCGGUCCAUCUAGAGGCGUGUGGUGAAGUGACAGUUUGUGGUGUCACAUCACUUUUGGAAUGUCAUGCCCUUGAAGAUCUCUUCUUACGGCAUAAUGGUACUGGAAUGCAGAGGGAAUGUAUUUCUCAAGUUGCGUCAAAGAUGCCACUACUUCGAAGGAUAUCACUUGAUGUUUGUGAUGUCGUGGAUCAUGACUUUGACAUCCCAAAUUUCACUAACAGGUAUCCGUUAAGUACUGUG